GGAGAGCUCCAAAUCCCACCUGGCCGCCAAGUGCAGGGCGGCGACACAGCUUGCGGCAGGCUUGACUGCACCCAAUUUCUGCUGCUCCCCCACCGCCGCCACAACAAGCCAGAGCCUCCAUCACGGAAAGGCUGCUGUCUGGAGCUAUAACGACGGAUUUGAAACCUUAGAUACGCUGCUUCUUGGGUCUUGAUACUUUUUCAGCAUGGCAUCAAUGUUUGCGCAGCCGGGGAACGGCACGCUGUUCCUUGGCGGCCAGAAGAUUUCGGGCUCCGAUAUCCGCGAUCAGAAUGUCCUUGCCACCCAGGCCAUCGCAAAUGUCGUCAAGAGCUCGUUCGGCCCAAGCGGCCUCGACAAGAUGAUGGUGGACGAUAUCGGUGAUGUCACGGUUACAAACGACGGCGCCACCAUUCUCAGCCUACUAGACGUCGAGCACCCUGCCGGCAAGAUCUUGGUGGAUCUGGCCCAACAACAAGACAAGGAGGUGGGCGACGGAACCACGUCGGUGGUGCUGAUCGCGGCGGAGCUGCUGAGGAGGGGGAAUGAGCUUAUGCGUAACCGGAUACACCCGACAACCAUUAUCACGGGCUACCGCCUGGCGCUGCGUGAGGCGGUCAAGUACAUGAACGACAACAUCAGCGUCAAGGUCGAGAACCUGGGACGUGAGUCAUUGAUCAACAUCGCCAAAACGUCCAUGUCCAGCAAGAUCAUCGGCGCCGACUCGGACUUUUUUGCCAACAUGGUCGUCGACGCCCUACAAGCCGUCAAGAGCACAAACAAUCGCAACGAGACCAAGUACCCGGUCAAGGCCGUCAACAUCCUCAAGGCCCACGGCCGCGGCUCGCUCGAGUCCGUGCUGGUCAAGGGCUACGCUCUAAACUGCACUGUGGCAUCGCAAGCCAUGAAGACGCGCAUCACGGACGCAAAGAUCGCCGUCCUCGACAUCAACUUCCAGAAGGAGCGCAUGAAGCUGGGCGUGCAGAUUACAGUUGACGACCCGCAGCAGCUCGAGCAGAUCCGGGCACGCGAGGCGGGUAUGGUGAUUGAGCGUAUCGAGAUGAUCCUUAAGGCCGGCGCCAACGUGAUCCUGACUACCAAGGGCAUCGAUGACCUCUGCCUCAAGAUGUUUGUUGAGCGCGGAGCCAUGGCGGUGCGACGCUGCAAAAAGGAGGACUUGCGCCGCAUCGCCCGGGCCACGGGCGCCACUCUGCUCGGCACGCUGUCGGACCUCAACGGCGACGAAAAGUUCGAGCCGUCCUACCUCGGCCACGCCGACGAGGUGUCGCAGGAGCGCAUCUCGGACGACGAGUGCAUCCUGGUCAAGGGCACCAAGACGCACUCAUCGGCGUCCAUCAUCCUCCGUGGGUCCAACGACUUCCAGCUGGACGAGAUGGAGCGGUCGGUACACGACUCCCUCUGCGCGGUCAAGCGAACGCUAGAAAGCGGCAGCAUCGUGCCGGGAGGCGGCGCAGUCGAGACGGCACUGCAUAUUUACCUGGAGGAGUUCGCCGGUACUGUCGGAUCGCGUGAGCAGCUAGCCAUCGGCGAGUUUGCGCAGUCGCUUCUUGUAAUCCCCAAGACUCUCUGUGUAAACGCAGCCAAGGACGCUUCGGACCUCGUGGCUCAGCUGAGGGCGCGGCACGCUCUUUCGCAGCGCACGCAGGAGGGCGGCGACGCCAACGAGGACGAACGCGUGGUGGCGCGCAAGAAGGGCUACCGCAACUACGGCCUGGAUCUGGCGCGAGGGAAACUGGUGGACCAGAUUAAGGCGGGCGUGCUGGAGCCCAGCAUCAGCAAGGUGCGGCAGCUCAAGAGUGCCGUCGAGGCGUGCAUCAGCAUCAUGCGCAUCGACACGCUCAUCAAGCUGGACCCGGAGCAGAGGGCGGAAGAGGACGACGGGCAUGGCCACUAGACGCGGAAAGGAGAAUAAGAAAAAGAGCUCUUUGUUUGGCCGCUUUACCAUAUACUACUACUUUUCGCGCUCAUGUCGCGGAGUUUAGGGUGUCACUUGAAAGGCUAGGUGUGGUCCGGUCAUGUUUUACGAAUGCAUUUGAUGAAGCACCUGUCUGGAAGUCUUUGCUGUAUUAUUGCCCGCCCGCGACUAGAG